AUGGGCGGCGAGGAGCUGCCACCCUUCAAGGCGGCGCACAAAGGCCAGUCCCUCCUGCGCUGCCUCGGCGGCCGCCGCUCUAUCCCUCGCUUCGCGGCCAACGUCGCCGCUAUCUGCUGCCUCAUCGUGAUUGUGGGCGAGCCUCACCCUCUCUCCCUGUCGCCCACCACCGCGCGCGCUCCGGGCAAAAACUACUUCUUCUGGCAGGAGCCAGACGUGCUCUACCCGCCGCCGCCGCAGCCGGUCGCACUGUCGCCGCCGCCUCCGACGCGCGAGGCUGUUGCCCGAGCACUCGGCGAGCAGCGUCGCGUUUGUGCGGCACGCGGCGGAGCAAGGCAGCACCGGCACGCGGCGGAGCACGGCUGCACGGGCAACCUGUACCGGUCGGAGAAGGACUUUCUGGUGCAGGGUCGGAUCGACUGCGGCGGGGGCACGCCGGGCAAGCCUCCAGCGCCAAAGGUGGAGAAGGGAGGCUGUCCCGACGGCGUGCCUCCGCCCACCGACCGAAAGCGGUGCCCUUCGCACGACCCGAAGUGCGGCUGCCACGGCCCUCUGAUGGGCAAGGGGAUGGUGGGGUGGGCGGGCGGCAGCGCUGGGCCGGACUUUUUUGUGUACAGCGCCCACAUGGACCCCGCAAGGUGCGCCGUCGGUGGGUGCGUGGCGACGCACUGGUCGCACGACCACACUGUCUGGGCUGAGGUCGCGGACGACGAGACGUGGGCUGCCAUCGGCAAGCUGUACGCGCUGCCCGUGCGGAAGGGCGGGAUGACCUUCUUUGCGAAGGAGGUCCCGAUCUCCGUGGGACGCACUCAGCGCCUAAGAGGGGCCACCAACCACACCCGCGAGAGCAUCCGCAUCGGCGUGCACAAGGAUCUCAUCAGCCUCGACGUGGUGGGGCGCUGCAGUUGGGUCUUGGGUCUCGGCAAUGGAAGGCUGCUCCGCUAUUGCCGCGACGCCAACGGAGCGGUCGUCCUCCCUAACCCAUCACUGCCGCCGGGCUUCCCGGAUGGCCAACUCACGCAGGUGAUGAAGGACGAGGCCGGGCAGCCCACCGACCUGAGGGACCGCGCGACCGGCGCGGUGAUCGAGGUGCUCGUCGACCACGACGCCGGCGGAAGGUCGACGGCGGCUGCGAUUAGCCGCCGGUACAUUCCGAUGCUCACCCUCGUCCUCAUCAUAACCAGCGCGCUGUCGUACACGACCGCGGCGGCGGCGCCCAAGCGCGAGCUCGACUUCGCCCAGAUGGAAAAGUCAGACACCUUUUCCGUGAAGCUUGACACCUCGUACACCUAUAUGCCCCCACCCGUCAGGGAAUAUGACAACGGCGGCUUCGAUGGCAACGGAAAGGGAGAGUUUUGCGCCAGCACGUGGCCGCGUUCCGACGUCUUCAACUGCCGCUGCCUUUGCAUCGUCGGCAAAGACCUCGCCCCCCCCGCUUCUCGGGACAAUUACUGCUACUCUUCUGAGGAGAUGUGCAAGAGCAAGGAGCAGAAUGAGGAUUUCCACUACUGCGAUCCUGACCGGCAGUCCCCAUGA